CUCUAAACCCCCAGCUGCCGCCCUGGUUACUCACUGCACACGACAGACUGUGAACCGCUCGGGUUAUUAAUAAUUCACCAGCCCUCCGCUCCGCUUCUCCGGCCGCCGGCCGCAGGACACAGCACGUCCCCGCCGGUGCCUGCAGCCGCGCCGCUUUUCACUCUUGUUUACUUUAUUUAGCUGCUCGUCAUCUUUCGGUGAGACACGCUGGUUUCACCUCCUUGUUCCUGAUCAGCCUACUGACUGUCCCGGCUGGCAUUGCCCUCCAGGUCCCGCUGGUCGCAUCAACACUGUUGUCUCUCUUCGCUGCCACAUGGCGGGUUUUGUUUUAGACGUCGUCCUCUCCGCAACUUUCCCCGGACACUGAGGGGGGCAGGUGGGGUCGCUGGACCGACGUGGAGCUCCGUAUUCCCUCCCAGCAGAAUCGGAGCAUGCACACGGCAGAGAGCGCUUCGUCGUCCCUUCUGCUGGAGCAACAGCUGAUUCUGUGAGCGCGUAAGCAAAGGGUGCAAGCUACUUACUGUGGGUGCACAGCCAGACUCCUGCUCGGUCACUCGGGCUCAGGCGGGAACUGUGUCGGUGGCGCAGAGCGCGAGGACUCGGUGGACAUUACGUUACCGGGAUAGACUGGAGAGAGAGAGAGAGAGAGCAGCACGCGAACACGGAGCAUUUUUCAUGGAAAUACCCGAAGAUAAACACCUUGUAUGAAAAGUCGGGAAACAGAUCACUUGGAUUAUUCGGCGCUGUCCUCUUUUGCCCGGACUGAAGACUUGACCAGAAAUUAUUUAAAAAAUGUUUACCAUGCAGCAGGCCGUGUUUUAGGGCUCUUUUGCUUCCGGUUUAAGGCCCAACUGAACAAGAAACCGAGCGGUUUUCUCUCUCCCACACACUUUUUUUGGAAGCAGAACUUUUGAGAGUGGAAAAUGGGUCUUUGAGAGAGUUGGCACAUCUCCACACACCACAAUGGCAACCGAAACCUUUCUGUUGAACGAAGAACCCUCCAGAGGUCCUGGGAUGCCUGAAUGCUUUGUAGUAUCAGAUUCAUACAGGUAUUACCCUACUCACCUUCUAAACAAUGCCUUAGUGGAUGAAUUUCAUCCCUUCAUUGAGGCCCUCCUCCCCCAUGUCCGUGCCUUUUCCUACACCUGGUUCAACCUGCAGGCCCGUAAACGCAAAUACUUUAAGAAGCACGAAAAGAGGAUGACCAAGGAUGAGGAGCGUGCAGUGAAAGACGAGCUGCUGGGAGAGAAGCCGGAGAUCAAGCAGAAGUGGGCCUCACGCCUGCUGGCCAAGCUCCGCAAGGACAUCCGGCCUGAGUUCCGCGAGGACUUUGUGCUCACCAUCACGGGGAAGAAGCCCCCUUGCUGCGUGCUGUCCAACCCCGACCAGAAGGGCAAGAUCCGCCGCAUUGACUGCCUCCGCCAGGCCGACAAGGUGUGGCGGCUGGACCUGGUGAUGGUCAUCCUGUUCAAGGGUAGCCCCCUGGAGAGCACGGAUGGGGAGCGGUUGGUCAAGUCACCCCAGUGCUCCAAUCAUGGCCUGUGUGUCCAGCCGCACCACAUCGGAGUGACAGUGAAGGAGCUGGACCUCUACCUGGCAUACUUCGUCCACACACCAGAGCAAUCAGGACAAUCAGACAACUCAAACCAGCAAGGAGAGACAGACGUCAAGCCCCCACCAAAUGGCCACUUGAGUUUCCAGGACUGCUUUGUGACUUCAGGGGUGUGGAACGUAGCUGAGCUGGUUCGCGUGUCACAGACCCCAGUUGCAACAGCAACUGGCCCCAACUUUUCCUUGGCUGACCUGGACAGCCCUGGCUACUACAACAUCAACCAGGUGACCCUGGGACGGCGCUCCAUCACCUCCACCCCUUCUACCAGCUCCAACAAGCGCAAGUCCAUUGACGACAGUGAAAUGGAGAGCCCAGUGGACGAUGUCUUCUACUCAGGCCGCUCCCCAGCGGCUGGCAGCAGCUCUCAGUCCAGCGGUUGGCCUAAUGAUGUGGAUGCAGUGCAGCACCAUUUGGCCAGUGUGCAGGAGAGGAAGAUUAAGCAUGAGAGCGAUGGAGUGCAGUUUCCUUACCAUGGACUCUCAUCGCCUAGUUCUCUUAAGAAGCCGGGGAAAUUCGAUUUCAGCGCCCUGUCCUCCCAGACGAGGUCCCCCCGCAUGGCGUUCACCCACCACCCACUGCCAAUGCUGGCGGGAGUGAGACCAGGGAGUCCCCGUGCUUCAGCCUCAGCCCUGCACUUCCCAUCUCCCUCCAUCAUCCAGCAGUCUAGCCCCUACUUCACCCACCCAACUAUCCGAUACCACCACCAUCCUGGACAGGACCCCCUGAAGGAGUUUGUGCAGUUUGUCUGUGCUGAUGGCUCGGGACAGGCUGCCGGACAGCAUACUCCACGCCAGGCGCCACAGCUCCCAACAGGUUUGUCGGCAUCGGAUCACGGGACAACAACUUUCUGAAUAUCCCGCAGCAGACGCAGUCUUGGUUCCUCUGACAAGAUCUGUGUACAAACCAGCAACUAGAAUACUUUCUUUACAAUCGGAAUUAGAAAACAGAGAAACAGCCCACAGGAUAUCUGUCCUCGAACCAACCCACCGACCGGCCCUGACAGAACGUCUCACCUGAUCCAAAAUAUAACCAACCAAGCAACGUAGGAAAUUUCCAGCAGCAUUAUGCUUACAGAGGAACUCUGGAUUCAUUUACCCAGUCAGAGGGAGGACCCGUUUGGAGCAAAGAUGGAUAGAUGGAAAGAUGAAUGGAUGGACAAGAGGAUGCCAGGAUAAGGAAGUUGUGAGGGGACAAAAUGCAGUGAGCAGGCAUUUCUCCUGAAACCAGCACAACACAGCAGUAACACAGGAGGAACCUGAGGAAGGAGAAGUGGUAGACUUCUCCUACAUCAUGAGGACAUGUUGUGUAAACGAAUGGCUAAGAAAAUCAACUGUCCACCAAAAAAGAAAAACACAGAUUUAAUGUUUCAGCUCCAAAGCUUCACCCAUAAAAAAUCCACAGUCUGAUCAAAGAAAUGCCCAAUUUGGUUUCCAUUGAAAGCUGCAGUCCAUGCUCCUGUGAUGUCUGUCAUCACCAAAACAAAUCUAUUCAACCAUUGUUUCCGUCCCUCUAAAUGACUCUACAAAGACCCCUUACCCUACUACUAACUACAGAGAGACCAUGCCAAAAGUUACGUUUUAAAAGGUUGCACUAGAAGCUGAAUCAAUUAACACUAAUCUAAAUGAUGUGCACUAUUUACCCAAAAGGCAUGGGAGUUAAACCACACUUGUCUAUUGAGUUUUUAAGCAGAAACACAGAGGUACAAGAUGCCUUUAUGUAACCUCAACCCCUAAACUUCAGUUUGACAAAUCAUUGGCCUCCACUUAUUCUCACACACACCCCUAGCACCUCACAAACAAAAGAUCAUGCUAUCUGUGCCAUGACCACAGCAUGUACACAAUGUGUACCAGUGGUAACACAGUUACCCAGUCAGACCUUUUAGAUUGUAAUAGUCAUAGAUGGUGGUGUUGUGUUAUUUUUUCAUGCACACAGUAAGUCCAGUGAACUUUUGCUACCUAUUUGAUUAGAUGUACAAACAUCACACAUGCUCACAAAGUGAAAAUUUCAUUGUGAGUGCAUCAUUACUGACAGUUGUCACGACUUUAGACAGCAGAUACAGGUUCCCCUUUGCCCUCAUGUAAUUUAGCUGAAUUAUUUUGUUAUCUCUUGUGUGUUCUCUUAUUUGACUUUAUUCCUUUUUGGAUUUGUACUAUUUUGUAAUUGUUUUGUAUUUGAAUGACAGCACCUUAAAGAGAAACACAGCGGGAGGUGGGAUGUUGAAGCGGAGUAAACAGGGUGGUUAGCUGACCUUGGUCCAGUAGUACAUGCAAAACCUUUUAAGUAAAGUUAGUCAUUUAGGGAAAUAUGUUUCACUUGUUGUUGAGAGUUGGAUAAGAAGAAUGUUAAAGCUCUAAUGUCUGCAUGCUGAGCUUUAGCCUAGACAGCUUAAUUUAACAUUAAGAUCUGUACAGACACAAAAAUAACAAACUAACAUCCCUACAGUUAAUCAUGUAAUACGUCUUAAAAAUGUGUUGUUUCAAGUGUGCAAAAAAGUGUGUUUUUUUCUGAGAACUGAAGACUAAUUAGACACAGCCUGCUGGUUGGCAGAUUUUGUUGAUAUUUUGACUCUCAUUCUUCCCUCCAUUUCCAGUGUUGUUGCAAGGCUAAGUGAAUUGGCUGCUUGUGUUAGCUUUGUGUUUAGCAUCAAUCAGAAAUCAACCUUCUUUUCCAACUCUGAGCAAAACAGUGAAUAUGUCUAUUUCCUAAAGUGUCAGAUUUUAACAUGGGUUAUUUGUUCGUAGUGCCAGAUGAAAUAUACUUUAUGACCACAAAAUGAAGGGUUUGACAAUCACAGGAAGCUUAUUUUCUGAGCACUUACUUGACAAAGAAGCUAGCCAUAUCUGCUGUUUAACCGUGGAACAGCUGGUGACUGGUGGUGGUGAUUUAUGAGUGAUAGAGGAACAGAGCUGAGGAGCGAAGGUUGCUGAAGAUGGGACCCAGAGUAAAGAGAGAGUAGCUCUUCUUUCUGUCUCCCUAUAGUUUACCCUGUUGUUUACACUCCCAGACGGGCUGCUGCUCCAAGAGCAGAGAGAGCCACACUGUGGAGCAAAAUGAAUAUGUGACAUAUCUGGCUGUUUUCUGAGAGGAAGAGAGGGCCUCUAAGGCCAGCAGUAGGAGGAUCACCCAUGUGCCCUGUUUUGUCUUUGUGCACAGGAUCGGGUAAAGGAUAUUAGUUGCUAUGGUAAACCCACCCUUAAACACACAUUACACACACCAGCACUCCCCUCUCGUGAGUCAAGGAGCCCUUAAUGAUCAAAACUGCACUAAAACAAUCAUGCCAGCCAACCUUGUGAGUUUGUUUUACAUAAAAGUAGAUGGACCACCAGGUAGUGUUUCAAAUCAGUGGAAGUAUCACUGUGAUGGAAACACCCUUCUAGCAGAGCACAGACCGCCACUUCUUAAACACACAAACUCGUACAAGUAUGUCCCCUGUGCACGACUGAAAUCAAAGGGAAGUCUUAAAAAUAGACAAUCUGAGGAGGCCUUUAAGCUUUUAAUCGUUUUUUAGAUCAUUCGCCCGUACAUCUUCUGACUGAUUCAGUUAUCUCCUGUCAAAAUUUAAAACCACUCACCCAACCUCACAAAAUAACUGGACUGCCUGGCCAGGUUCUUCACUGCAGGGAAACACAACAUAGUUGGCCAACUGACUGGCGACCAUCUCAUCAGCUUUGUAGAGAGAAUUAGCUCUACUGAGAAAGACGUUAAUGAUGGCUAAGGUGAUUUCUUUUCUAAUCUAUGGAAGUGCCUCUGUAUUCCCAUUAUGCAAUUUGUCAAACAUGAAUUCAGGUUCUUUUUUCUCACAUAUAAGCUAUAAUGAAUGGUGAAAAAUUUAUGUCAGGAGAGGAAAAAAUGGUGACAGCUCACUAGAUAAUCGCAAGCAUCUUUAUAUAUAAUACACAUAUAUAUUUAUAGAUAUAUACUUUUUUUUGCAAGAUAAGCUCUGUGGCAGUCUAGUUAUUUUUUGAAGCAUGGCGUACAUCGCACAGUCAUAGGAUGCAUCUCAAAAACAGAUGAUUAGAGCUCAAGUACCAGCCUCUGAACCCACUCGCAUUAAACAACCAACAUGACAAAAUCCACCGCAAACAGAACCGUAGAAAUCUACACAGUGAUGAUAAUGUAGUUGAGGUUUUCAAAAACAGGUUAGGUUUUAUUGUUUUCUUUCUUGUUUUGAUGGGAAGUAUUGUUCUUGAAACUAAAUGAUGUAUGUUGAUUGAGCCAUGUGCAAUGCCUUGGUAGAGGAAUUGUGUUUGUUGUUAGCAUUUGUUAGAGGGUAUCACAACAAAAGAGAGAAAACCCUCUGUGUUUUUAUUUUUGUUUCAAGUCCACAUGCUCUGGGACUCUAAAUAAGAGCACGGCAAGUAAAAAGUAAUCCCAGUCUUUGUAAGUAAGUUUUUCGGAAAUGGUUUUUAAUUUUUUUUUUUCCUUUUGUGACUUUUUUAAGAAAAAAGAAAAACUUCAUUUCUAAUGAUUUGUUUUCAGAAUGUGGGAGGGCUGAAGGAACAAUUUUGCAACUCAUAAAAUAUAUAUCACUAUGAAAACUGGUGCUUUCACAAAGAAUAAAGUACAUUCAAUCUCUAUUAUACAUAAAUAAUAAUAAACAAAAUUAAGUGUUAUCAUAAAAAGCAAAUUUUAGGAAACAUGCAUUAUUCUAUUUCUCUUUUUGUAUUUAGCGAGGGGGGAGGGGUUCAUUGAAUGAAAAGGUUGUCGUGACAAAAGGCAUUUUUCCCCCCCAACCUUUACAACAUAGCAUAAGAACAGUCAUAAGGAAAAAAAAACGUUUGACCUGCAAAUAUUUCCAGACUGUACCAUCUUGUAUCCAACACAUGUGAUGCUGAUGUGGGACAAAGACAAGAUCUUCCCCAGUUUGGGAGAUGCACAAGAAUGGAUUCCCAUUUAAUACAAAAAAAAAACUGCCAUUGAAGAUGUUUGUUGAGUUUUGGUGGGAUGUAAGUCAGUGAGAGGAAAUAAGCAGCCUCUUCUGCUCAGCUGGUCUGCUGUCAUUAAUUCAAGUGAACCCAAUCCCCCCUCAUCCCCCCCUGAAUUCCCACCUCCCACUGUAAAUGAUUAUAAAUAUUUGUUUGGUGAUGUAGUGUUAUAGACUCAGAGCAUCUUAAAGGUUGUCCCUAAAAAGUGCCUUUUGUUCACAGAUUCCAUCUUGUAAUCCUGAGUGCCCAUCUCAAAAGAAAAAAAGUCCCCUCCUUCAUACUUCUAUAUCUUUCUCUUCCUCUUCUCUGAGCUUUUUAAAGCAGUAUACAUAGUACUAAAGGAAAUCGGUGUGAUUUAGUUCCUCUUUUUAUUGUUGAAUAAUAUGAAAAGCAUAAAAAAAGAAAAAAAAUCUGUCUUGCUUCUUUCCUCUGUAUCUUGUCUUCUGUCUACCUUGGACACUGGAGUAGUCUGUAGCCGCGUACCCCCCCCCCCCCCCCCCUUUCUCCCUCUCUCUGAAAAAGAAAAAAAAAGAAUACGCUAAGAUUUUUUUGUCUGAGCAGAAUGCAGUUAGCUCACAUGUUAUUCUUGUCUGUACGCUUCACAUUGUAUUUCCAUACCCAUCUUCUUCAGCUUCUCCAUUCAACAGCUAAUGUAAGUGAACAAGUUACACCAUGGGGCUCUGGGCUGUGCUGAAGGCAGGGUGCUGGCUCAGGAGAUAAAAACGAAAAACUCCUGCAAGUGGACAGAAAAAUCAGACAGAGGGAGAAUUUGGGGGAUUUGGACUUCGGCGAGGGGAGAUGACCAGAAGGACUGCUAGUAUAGGCAGACUUGUUUGUGAUCCUUGUUUUUACCUAUUUAUUUUUUUAUAACUGAAUUUGGAUUUGCUUUUUAAUUUUUUUAUUUUAAUCGUUGUUACUGCGUAUCUUAGGCAACAUAAAGAUGCUGCAUCGAGACGUUCAAAUAUGCACCUUUCUAGUGGUUGAAUGAGACCAGCUAUUUAAAAAAAAAAAAAACUGAAAAUGACUCAAGCACCUUAUAAGCGGACUGGUUCUCCACUUUGGAGACUGAAAGGCUCAAAUUUAGAAAAAUCAUUAAGAGAUGUUGCUCAUGAAAUCACUAAUGCUCUAAAUCAUUGUGUAUGAAAGAUGUGACCAAAGUGGUUUGCUUCCAAAAACUGAUCAAAAAUGUUUAAAAAAAAAAAAAAAAAAAAAAAAAAAAAAGAGAGAGAAAAUUCCACCAGUAAAACCAACUGGUUAUAGAUGUUAGAUCUGAAAAAAACACAAACUGAAUGUCAUUUUACUUUUCAUUAAGCCAGCAGCAGUAUUAUCAAUCUGACCUUGACAAGUAAAAGGCACACCUGAGAAGCCAUAAUAGUGACUAACAGGCUGCAGGGAGCAGAAUGUGUAUGUCUGUGUAUCUGUGUUGUCUCCCUUUCUUCAUACAAAGAGCCCAGUCACACCCUGUGGCAAAACCGUCCGCCUGUUUUUCCUUUUAACACGUUUAGUAAGAAGUUGGGUCAUGUGUAGCGACAUGUAGACUGGCCAGCAUACCCCUCGCCUGAGUCCUGCAUUUCCUCCUGCCAUGAGUGCUCCUUCUCCUCCUACCCCUCUUCUUUCUCCCUCAAAGCAGCAUCCCAUCCUCAGACACACCCCCCAGAGCCCAUGGUGAAAUGCAUGUGUUAAUUACAGUUUCUUUUCCAUAAUAAUAAUAAAAAACAGUUUGAAAAGAGCAACCCCUUUACUUGAUUGAAUAAAAGGAUGUUCUUGACUGUA